GCUGACUGACAGUGAGAAAGGUUUGCUCUGAACUGAAGAACAGGAGGAAAAGAGAGUUGGCUGACAGAAGCAACACGAAGCAAAACAAAACUAGAGAGGACUGAGCUUCUUCCAAUCCUUCCUGUGGACAGAGGAGCUGAGAGAACAGACACACAGAGGACGUAAAGAAGAGGCUGUCAGAUAUGAGUCUGGGGCCGGCGUGCAUUUUCCUAAGAGGAUCUAAAAACAUUCAGCGUCCGCUCGCUGAUGAGGAGAUAGACGAGCUGCGCGAGGCGUUCGCCGAGUUUGAUAAGGAUAAGGAUGGUCUGAUCAGCUGUAAAGAUCUGGGCAACCUGAUGAGGACAAUGGGCUACAUGCCCACUGAGAUGGAACUGCUUGAACUUAGCCAGAACAUCAACAUGAAACUUGGAGGAAGUGUAGAUUUUCAGGAUUUUGUUGACCUCAUGGCCCCAAAGCUGCUGGCAGAAACGGCUGGAAUGAUCGGACUGAAAGAGUUGAAAGAUGCAUUUAGAGAGUUUGACAUUGACGGUGACGGCUCUAUCACCAUUGAAGAGCUGAGGCAUGCAAUGCUAAAGCUGCUAGGUGAAAACACAAACAGGAAGGAAAUAGAAGCCGUGGUCCGAGAAGCAGACAACAAUGGAGACGGGACCGUUGAUUUUGAGGAGUUUGUCAAAAUGAUGUCUAAAAAUUGAGAAUAUACCUGAGACGUUAAAGAAGGCCUGAGAAAAAUCAUUCCAGAGACGAAAACAUCUGCAUCAGAGACUCAGUCAGGCGGUCAAUAAAGUCACUGGCUACAGUACUAUGCAUAUGGGAACAGUAUUUUAUACUACUUUGUUUGUGUAUUUAUAUCUUACUGUUUGAGUGCCACUUUGUUUUGUUUUGUUGUUACAUGACUUCAAACACUGAAUCCUCAAACUCUGUAAAAGAUAAUAAUGUCAUAUAUCAAUAUUAUGUAACAAAUAUUUCAGUGUAUGUCUGAUAUAUAUGUUCAGAAGAGGAUUUUGUCUUUCAUUGGACAUGCAUACUUGAACUUUUGGCAUAAAACCAAGUUAA